AGAGAUGUGAGGGCGACGUUAGGGGCUUGAAACAAAGUUUCUGGGACGAGAAAGAAGACAACAACUACAUAAUAGCAAGAGGAAAAGACAGGUUCCCAGCACCAUGUCGCACCAGCCAACUCUGUCUCCCAGGAAACGCAGCCUGGCUCAGAUCAGGGAAUGGAGGAAAGUAGAAUGGAAGAAGAAGCUGAGGAGGUUUGAGAAAGCAGAGGAGGAGAUAAAGAAGUUUCCGUUAGGACCUCAGUACAAGGCAGGGCUGCGGCGCCCCUCCCCCGUGUGGAGACUGUUCCCCAGACAGAAGCUAGCCUUCGAUUUCGCACGAUGCUGUAAACAGGAUGUCCAUGUGUUUGCCUGUGAGGUGGAGGGAGAGAGUGAGAACGGACAGAGGAAAUAUCUGGUCACCACGUACGAGCAGUUCUGGGACAUGUACAGUGUUCUCCACCCAAAUAUGGACGGCCACUUCUACGAGGUCAUCCCAGAGGGCGCGACCUGUCACCUCUACUUUGACCUGGAGUUCAGCAAGGUCGUGAACCCGGGGUCAGACGGGGUCGCCAUGGUCCAAACUCUCAUCAGGUGUGUGUGCUGGUUCCUUAAGAAGAAGUACAACCUCACCUGUACGGAGGAACAUGUGCUCGACCUGGAGUCAAGCACGGAGGAAAAGUUCAGUCACCAUCUGAUUUUCCACCUGCCUGGAGCUGCCUUUCAGGACAACAUUCAUGCAGGCAACUUUGUACACCAGAUGUGUGAGAAGCUGUACCUGUGCACUGAGCAGCAGAGCCCCCUGGCAGGUGAUGCAGAACUGCAGGAGCUGAGGGAGGCAGUCCCAGGACUGGACCAGCUGGUGAUGAAGAACAAGGAUGGGGACAGGGUGCUGUUCAUAGAUGCAGGUGUGUACACAAAGAACAGGAACUUCCGCCUGUACCAGAGCACCAAGCUGGGCAGGCGUGCACCUAUGCUGGUCUCUCCGCAGUGCAAGUACAAACUACGGGAGGGGAGCAAGGCAUCCUGGGAGGGCAGCAAGGCAUGCUGGGAGGGCAGCAAGGCAUGCUGGGACCAACAGGUCUUCCUGGAAUCCCUCGUGAGCAACGUGAGGUUUUCCCCCGAACUGAGAGUGUUGCGAUGUGAGGAGGGGAACAGUUCGUCUGGUAGAGUCAGCACCAGCCGUGAGACUGGAGACAACAGUACAGGGCGGGACAGCACAACUAGGGAAGCUACAGAUCAGCUUUCGGGUUGCAGCAGCUCCCCCUACCCUGAGGUGGAUGCCUACGUGAUACUGCAGGCGAGCAGUGGGGGCGUGUAUGGGGGGAUCCGCCAGUGGACGUACUUCUCCCAGGGGGAGGUCCUGAUGUAUGACAUCGCGCACAACCGCUGGUGUGAGAACAUCGGGCGGGCACACAGGAGCAACCAUGUCAUGUUUGUAGCAGACCUAAAACGGCAGGUGUUGUACCAGAAAUGUCACGACCCUGUCUGCCGGGCUCAGAACUACAAGUCUCCAGAGAGGCCCCUUCCAGCAGAGGUGCUGCCUGCCUUUAUUCUGGAAGAGGACCAGCUCUGGGACUCUGGAGUGGAGGACGAAGACUUGCUGUCGGCGCUUUCAUCUCAGGAAGCAGAGACAGACUCAGAUGUAACGUCUUGGGACACGGACAGGCAAGAACCCCCCGAAGUGUCUCAGGAAGUCAAGACAGAGCCAGAUGUAGCGUCUUGGGAUGCAGACAGGCAAGAACCCUUUGAGGUGUCUCAGGACCGGUCUUGCGGGGCAGUCAAGACAUCUUGGGAUGCUGAGCAGUGUGAGCCCUCCGACCAAGACUUGCUGGCUGCCAUCGACUUGGCAAUGACGACAACAGCCAAACGUGAUGGAAAGUCUUGGCGUCCUAAGACAGCAGCCAAACGUGAAAGCAAGUCUCCAGUUCUCGCAACAGCAGCCAAACGUCAAGGCAAGUCUCAGGGUGUUACAAGAACAGUUGACGACUGGGAGGUUUCCGACAGAGACUUACUUCUGGCUGCUAAUAGUUGCCAUGGCAACGAUUCCAGGAAAACACUAAUAACUGUUGACAUCGGGGCACAGAGGAAUUGUCAUGUUAACGAUUCACGAAAAAGAGAAAUAACAGUUGACACCUGUGAGUGUGAGGUUUCUGACAGUGACUUGCUUGCAGCUGCAAAUUGUUGCCAUGGCAACAAUAACACAAAGACAAAAACAGUUGUUGGGGCACAGCGACAUUACCAUGACAACAAUUCCAGUAAAUUACAAGCAACAGUUGACAAGUGUGAAGUUUCUGAUGAAGACCUUCUGACUGCGACACAGGGUUACCAUGGCAACCAUUCAGGGCAAACCACAAGUGUUGACAGCCGCAAAGGUUCUGUGCAGUGUUGCCAUGACGAUAACUCAAGGAAAACACAAACAACUGUUGACAGUUGUGAGAUUUCUGAUGAGGACCUGCUAGUUGUAGCAGCCCAGCCUUGCCUAGAUGGGAGUGUAAGUUUUGACCACAAAGCGCUAUAGAGAUUUUAUCUUUUGUUAACAAUUGUUUUUUUAGAAUGUUUUAUCUUGUAAAGAUUUUAGUAGUGAUAUCUUUCAUACUUAGAUUAUUUAUUUCUUUAAUGCAAAUUGAAUACUGUACAGAUUCUGAAAAUGAUGCUUCACAAUACAACACCAAGGUUUGAAUUACGUUUAUUUCCAUUUUUUCAUUGUGUUGUUCAUCAUACCAAGUCAUUAUUUUCCCAGUUUGCUCCAGUUUUCACACAUUAUUUUAAUUUACUUCACACAUUCAGUUCUUAUGAUUGUGCUGUGAUAUACUCAAACCAUGUUAUAUUAUUAAUAGAAAGCAGGUAAAACAAUUAUGUUAAUUGAUCAGUAACGAAAUGACAUAAAGGUUAAAAAUAUCAAGAAAAAUCAUUGGUCCCUUUUCCUGACAACCACAACUUUACAUCAUUAUAAAAAGCUUGUUCACGAUUUGAGCUGCUCAUGCCCGAGGUCAAAGGUGAAUGCUCCUAACACUUUAAACAGUCCACAUAUAUGUUAUACUCAAUAGACUGACUGACCAUUGCAAUUCAGUAUGCAGUUCAGCCAAUGAUAGCAUGGCAGUUAGCAGUUUGACCAAUGAG